AUGUCUGACGGUGGCGACGGCCCAGACCUUUCCAUAUUUGACUUCGGCAGCGGCUCCGACUCUGACGACCUGCUCAAGGCGCACCGGCAGGAGGAGCAGCGGCUGCGGACCGAGGCCAAGGAGAAGAAGUUUGCUCUCCCCAAGGCGGACCGCAUCGGCCGCGCCGCGGCGGACGAAGAGCUCGACGCGGCGCUUGCGGCGAUGCGGGAGCGGCAGGCUGCGGAAGUGGCUGCGGCGGGCGGCGAUGCUGCGGCCGACGGAAUCGCCCAGAUGCACUGCCUCUACCGCUCGAUCGCCCACCAGCUGGCAGCGGGCGACGAGGCGCUGGCGGCCGAGUACAUCCGCUCGCAUGCCGACGACUUCCUCCCCUUCCUCCUCGCGGCGCACGACUUCUCGGACGGGCUCCUCGAGUCGUACUGCUCGCAGGUGGAGCUCUCCUCCGAGUGGGGAGGUCAGCUCGAGAUCACGGCCAUCGCGCACGCGUCUCGCCGCUGCAUCGCGGUGCACUCUGCCGACGCGCCGGUGCUGCUCACCGGGGCCGAGUACGAGGGGAACGGGCCGGGGCUGAAACUGGCAUACCACCGCCACUACUACGGCCUCGGAGAGCACUACAACGCGCUCGUCCCAGCUGACUGAGGCGCCGCCGAGGCGCUGCAGGGGCGCGCGAGGGCGGCGAGGGCGGCGCGGUCGCUUGGCGGUGCUGCCGAGGGUGCACCCUCCGGCUGCAGUGUGUGAGCUGCCUUUUCCCGCGUUGGAGCUAGCUCUGCUGGACGCGUGGCGGUGGGCGGCACCGGCAGGCCGGUAAAAGACCUCGCCGCUGUCGUUUCUCAUAAAAUAAAUA